UGGAAGAAAGCUUUGUGAGGAAAUGCAAAUGUUCAACCCUGAAAAAGGAGUGAGGAGGAGUUGGGCAGAAAGAGGAAGGUUUCUCUCCAGCUCUUCUCUUACCGAAACAAUUAGUUUUUCUCUCAAUUCACGAUGCAGCUUUGUGGAGCUCUGGUGCUGUUCACAACUCUGUCGACAGCAUGUGCAUUAAGAUGCUACACAUGCACAGCCACCGACCCCAGAUCCUGCACAGACACCAAAUCCUGUCCUGUCAUCUUCAACCGCUGCUUCUCCCUCAGAGUAGAAGGUUAUGACAUGGUUACCAAGGGCUGCCAAACCAGUAUAGCAUGUGUUGGUGCCAUGGCUUGCUGUGAAGGCGACUUGUGUAACCGUGCCGUACCCGCUGGUUCCAGUGCCAUCCUCCUGCUGGUGUCCUCAGCCAUCUUCGCACUCGUUCUCUGAGCAUGACGAAUUCAGUUGUUUCAGUGAUGUACUUUGUUCUGACCCAAUUUGUACAACUAAAGAAGAAUAAACAUUUCAUUCAGUC